ACCAUGCGGGAUUUAAAACAACUAAGUAUAGUUUCUUUCACACAAAUGACAAUAGGCAAUAGGAAAGUAAUCUUACCCUGCAUUUUUUGCGAUUCUCCGUACUUGGGGUGGUUCAUUCAAUAUUUUAUUACCUGCGUUUGCAGUAACGGUUUGUGCAGUUGUUCUGCGAGAAUUGACGAGAAUAGUUACAUAACUAUUCGAUUUAAAAUAACAUAUAGUUAUAUAAAAAUGUCCCAUCUGUGGGUACUUGUCGAAUGGGUGGAUGAAAACAAUGCAUUCCCUACUUAUGGUGUUGUGAACUUAGAUCCGGUGGUGUACAAUUCAAAUGAACUGAGUCCUGGAAGAGUGAUUUUACUUCGAAUGCGGCAUGAAAGCACUGCCAGGCGCGGUCGGAUCCUAACUAUCUCAGACAACAAACACCAUGUGAAGUCGCACAAACAGCUCCUGGAGCGGCAGGACGGUCAGAUGAAGAGUGUCCUCAACAUGUGCAUGCAGACCAUCAAGGGCAUGCAACCUGAUUCAAUGUACAUGAGUGGUGGUUUGGGUGGGUUAAGCUUGAACUCAACCCACAGCAUAGUAAACCCGCGAGCUGCCACCCCCCAGCCGCCAGUGGUGCUCGCGACCGCCGAUUCUGAAGACAGCCAAAGUGACAAUGAAGAUAUAAUGGCUGGUCGCGUUAUUAAUACUUAUUACAAUAAACCUACACCAAUACCUCCUCUCAUUCGUCGUAUGGAUGUUUUGAAAAAUGGCCACAGCAGUAUGUCCAUGCAACAUUCGGAGAGGCCCAUGAUGAGUAGUACACCUUUGCCACCCAUGCGAGAGGAACGGCCGAAAUUAUUGUUUGACCAAGCGACGCAAACUGAUAAUACAGAAGCAAUAUUUAUGGAGAAAAAACUUAAACAGAUGUACAGCCAUUUCCUUGCUCUCACCGCACGCUUGGAGCUGCACAAAGUAGCAGAUUGCAAUUUCAUAGAUCGUAGAAUUAUAGCACCGUUACACGCUCAUACAAAUGAAAAUGAAAUCGUGAAAGCUGUUGAAAAUAUGUCGAUUGAUCAAAUACUGAAAGAUCUAACUCCAGCAAUCGAAGUUGAGGUCGAAGGGUUAGUUAAUCAAAAUGUACCCAGAGAACAUCAAAGUGUAACCGUAUACACGAAUGAAGACAAAAAUCCUGUAUCUAGAGAAGUGCGCGUGCGCAGGGUAUCAGCACAGACUACAAAUAAUGUUGAACAAAUGCCCAUAGUUAGUGAUAUGAUUCCUAUUGGAAAUGGACAUGCCGUCGUUCCAGCUAGGCUAUUGAAUGAAAUCGAUUGGAACUCCUACACUUCAGCGACAAGACAACUUUUACAGGCUAUUUUUCCACGCAGAACCUUGGCCACGCAUUCGCUAACAGGCAAGCAAUCGCCAGCGUUUCAGGACAAACCACCUAAGAAAUGCUUGGACCCAAAGCUGGUCGAAGAUAUUGUGAACACGGUGUCACAAAAAUGUGGAGUCGACAAAAGACUUGUUAGGAACAGCAUAACCAUAAAAUGUACAGACGAAGCCAAGCUGUACCGCAACCGCCAGCAGUACAAACUAGCACGCUCAGCAGCCAAUCAGAACGACGAGAACGUGCCUCCAAUAGGAACUUCUUCUGACGAAUCGUCGGUGGUUGCUAGAUAAAUGGAAAGCGAAACCGAACCGUGUCCAACAAAAUUAGACUUUAUACAAUUCAUCGAAACGUUGAAUUUUGCAGGCAUUACCUUUUUUUGGAAAUUUUUGUAGUACCUACUCCUUAUUAUACCUGUGCUCCUACUCCUUAUUAAACCUUUGUUCACUGAAGUCUGAUGAAUUUACAAUCUACAUAAAUACCAUGGAUGUAAUCAAGAUUAAAGAAAAAAAAGAAAAUAACAAAUCAUCCAAGGUUCGAUCAACCCUUGGUAUUGUUGAUCAAAGUAGGUAACUAAGUUAUAAUUUUAACAAAAUCUUACGUACGAAUAAACGUGAAAAAUAAUGUCUCUAUUUAACAUUCCUGAAUUUGAGCUGGUUCAAGCUGUUAUCAUGUCAUGAAGAGUGUUUGCGCUCGCUCCAAUAUAUCAUUUAAGUUAAAUCAUUUUAUAAUGUUUGAUAAAUAAAUUGUAUUUGUAUAUGAUUGUUCAUGUAUUAUGAUGAUUAAUAAAUUUUGACAUAUUCUGA